AUGACAAAUUCCGAACAAAUAGGCCUCAAUAAAACAUGGGAACUUUCCUUGUACGAGCUGCACCGGACACCGCAAGAAGUGAUUACGGACAACACCGAAAUCGCAGUCUCCCCUCGCAGCCUCCACAGCGAAUUGAUGUGCCCCAUUUGCCUAGACAUGCUGAAAAAAACAAUGACCACAAAAGAAUGCUUGCACAGAUUUUGUUCAGAGUGCAUUAUAACAGCCCUAAGGUCAGGCAACAAGGAAUGCCCAACUUGCAGGAAAAAACUUGUGUCCAAAAGGUCUUUGCGUGCGGAUCCCAACUUUGACUUGCUCAUAUCCAAAAUAUAUCCAAGCAGAGACGAGUACGAAGCCCACCAAGAAAAAGUUUUGGCCAAAUUGAACAAAGUUCACUCCAGAGAGGCGUUCGUGCAGUCAAUCAACGAAGGCAUCAAAUUGCAGUCCCAAAACCGAGCCCCUCGAGGCAGAAAGCCCAAUGAAACUGUCACCAGUGAACAACCCGGCGAACCUCAACCAGCACCUGAAAAUAAUACCACCAACCAAACACCUACAACAACUCCAUUAAAUAAUACCAUUCCAAGUAGUCCUGCUCCAUCAGGACGCAGCACCCCGUGUGAUCCACCUAGUCCAGUAUCUUCCAGUGUAAGUUCGAUUAAGAGACGUCCUAAAAGUGUACUGACCUCAGAAAAAAGUGAAGAAAGUGAUUCAACUGCUCAAACAGAACAAACUGAUACUGAUGGCGAAGGUCCUUCUGAGCCGCAUACUUUAAAUGAAAUUGAACUAGUUUUUAAGCCUCAUCCAACUGAAAUGUCUGGAGACAAUCCUUUGGUUAAAGCCCUCAAGGAAAACUCAAUUAGGUACAUCAAAACUACUGCAAACGCUACAGUGGAUCAUUUGCACAAAUAUUUGGCAAUGAGGCUAACUUUGGAUUUGGACUCUCAACUUUCUGCCAGUCACAGUUUGUUGAAUUUUUGCAUAUACAUUUCCCCCAGUGCCGGGCAAUAUGUACAACUUAAUGGCAAUCAGACAUUGGGACAAGUGAAUGACAAAUAUUGGAAGGAAAAUAAGCCACUGGAAAUGUAUUAUUCUUGGAAGAAGACAUAG